AAUUUAUGAGCUAUGAGGGCAGCUCUGGGGCCCUCCGAGGUGAUUUUUAUCAGUGUAGUUGCAUAAACAGUUCUACUUGACUUGAACGUUGCGAACGGGGAGCACUGGAAGGCCUGCUGUAUAAAGGGGAUCCAGCCUGUGCAAGUAUCUGUGUAGCCCACGGAUAUUCAGGAAACAGAGAUGAAGGUACACAUGCACACAAAAUUUUGCAUCAUUUGUUUGCUGACAUUUACCUUUCAUCAGUGCAAUCAUUGCCAUAAAGAUGGACAUCACCGUGGUCCCAAAGGGAAAUGUGGACACUACCAUAAUGACUGUCAGAUCUCAAAUGAUUCCUACUUCCAGAAUGGAGGAACAGAAUCUAUGCCGAGUAAAUUUUCAACGUUGGAAGCUGAAAAUGAACAAAAAUACUACAUUGAAAAGAUAUUUGAUCGUUACGGUGAAAAUGGAAGAUUAUCCUUUUUUGGCCUGGAAAAGCUGUUAAUAAGCCUUGGUUUAGGAGAGGUAAAAGUAGUGAUGAUAAAUCAUGAUGAUAUUGGCCAUGAUCAUGUUUCUCACUUAUAUGCUUUAGAAGUCCAGGAAGGAAAGCAUUCUCAUUCUCAUAACCAUCCUCAUGGCCACUCAGAUUCAGAAAACCAAACCAUGGCUGUAAAGAGAAAUCAUAAAUGUGACCCUGAGAGAGAGACAGUAGCACUAUCAGUAAAAGAUGAUGGCAAACACAGUCAUGACCAGAGUCGUCAUCAUCGUCAUCACCACCCUCGUGUACAUCAUCAUGACCAUAAUGGUACACAUCAUUCUCGUAAUGAUUCAGUUAGUCAUAGUGAACAUGGAGAACAGAACCAUGAACCUUCAACAGAGACAAACACAACUCAAGAUCAGCCAGAAAGAAAACAGCGCAAACAGAAGAAGAAGCAAAAGAAGAUCAGUGAGACUUCAGGAGAUUAUGCCCCAGAUCAUGAUUCAGGUGAUCAGCAUGAGCACAAUCGUGUUCAUAAACUUGAUCAUGCACAUGAUGCAUCUCACUUGCAUGUACGCCGUCAUGACCACAGUAGCGAUCGUUCUACUAGUCGUGGGCAUCAAGAUUCCAGUUUAGGUAAUGAGGAUGGGCACCACCAUACCAGCAAACGAGAGGCACCUCGUAAACAGAGUAGUGUAAGAAAACGUGCUCUUUUUCCAUCACAUAGUCAUAAGGAUCAUAAUGAAGAUGAACGUGGUCGUGAAGAGUGCUUAAAUGUUACCCAGCUGCUACGGUACUAUGGUCUGGAAACCAGCUCACCGAUAUCUCCUGAAUUGUUUGUAUACAUGUGUCCUGCUUUGCUAUACCAGAUUGAGAGGAGGCUUUGUAUUGUACAUUAUGAUGAGCUUGAAGAUGUUAUGAAAAGUAAAAACGCGUCAAUUGAGAAUAAAGAUAAAACAGGUGCAUCAGCCUGGUUUUGUGGUAUCAUCUCUAUCACCGUCAUUAGCCUGCUUUCCUUACUAGGUGUGAUCUUGGUUCCCAUCAUUAACCAAUGGUGCUUCAAAUUUCUUCUAACUUUCUUGGUAGCUCUGGCUGUUGGAACAAUGAGUGGAGAUGCACUACUCCAUCUCUUGCCACAUUCACAUGGAGGCCACAACCACAGUCACCACCAUGGCCAAGGUUAUGUACAUGAACACAAGCGUUCUCAUCGACAUGCCCACGGACAUGGAGUGCAGACAGAAGGCUUUCUGGAAGAAAAUGAUCCAGUGCUGAAAGGUCUUGUGGCACUUGGAGGCAUUUAUGUUUUGUUCAUUAUUGAACAUUGUUUAAGAAUGUACAAGCAUUACAAUAAACAGAAGAGUAAGCAGAAAUGGUGCAAAAAACCCCAGACUGAAGAAUCACCAAUUGGAAGGAAACUUUCUGAUCACAAGUUAAAUAAUAGACCAGAUGCUGACUGGCUUCAGCUCAAACCCCUUGCAGGAGCAGAUGACUCAGUUUUGUCUGAAGAUCGACUCAAUGAAACUGAACUAACUGAUUUAGAUGGCCAGCUGGAAUCCCCUCCCAAAAACUUCUUGUCUGUGGAAGAGGACAACAAUAUGCACCAUUCUCACAAUGAUAUCUCACACGCUGCUCAAGAGCAUGAUCUUCAUGAUUCAGAGUAUGACAGCCAUGGCGAAGAUAAAAUGAUAGCUAGAAAGCACAGUCACCACUGGCAUCACAAACAUUCCCAUCAUUCCCAUGGCCACUGUCAUUCUGGAAAAGACCUGAAAGAUACUGGGAUAGCUAAUAUUGCAUGGAUGGUAAUUAUGGGAGAUGGCAUUCACAACUUUAGUGAUGGCUUAGCAAUCGGAGCAGCUUUUAGUGCUGGACUUACAGGAGGAAUUAGUACCUCUAUAGCAGUGUUCUGUCACGAGCUUCCCCAUGAAUUAGGUGACUUUGCUGUGCUUCUUAAAGCAGGUAUGACAGUAAAGCAGGCUAUUGUGUACAACCUCCUGUCUGCCAUGAUGGCUUACAUAGGGAUGCUGAUAGGCACAGCGGUGGGACAGUAUGCUAAUAACAUCACCUUGUGGAUCUUUGCAAUCACUGCAGGCAUGUUCCUCUACGUGGCACUGGUUGACAUGCUUCCAGAAAUGCUUCAUGGAGAUGGAGAUAAUGAAGAGCAUGGUUACUGUCCUGUGGGGCAGUUCAUUCUUCAGAAUCUAGGCCUGCUGCUUGGAUUUGCUAUCAUGCUGGUGAUUGCCCUCUAUGAAGAUAAAAUUGUACUUGACAUCCAGUUUUGACCUAAUUCUGGUAAUCACUGUGGUUACAAUAAUGUUACUGUAUGGCUUUGAGUCUGCACUGUUUCACUGUAUGCACAUUGCUCAGAGGAAAAGCAGUGGCUUGCACUACUUACACAAGUACAGUAUAUUCAUUUCUGUGUAGAUUAACUUCUGCUUUUUUUCUGAUUGAAAUCAGACAAGAUUACCCAGUGUAUCUUCUAAACUCGAGUGACAAUUAGGAAAUACUAAAUAUGAGAAAUAAAUGCCAAGUUCAUGUACUAGAUAGGAAGCACUGAUUGUUUAAGAAAGAAAAAGUGCAGUGAAUGAUCUACACGUGUGGGAAAAUGCCAUUUCAUUAGUACAUUUGAACAGAACCCAGAAAAUGUUACAGCUGAAGUUCAUACCUCUGCAAGGAACCCGAGUAAGCUUUUAGUGCCACGUAAGUCUUAAGUAGCUCAUAUAUAUAUAUAUAUCUGUAUGUAUAUAUAGAUAUAUAUAGAGAUGGAUAUAUAGAUAUAUACAGAUGUGCAUGCCAUGUAAAUGUGCGUGCGUGUGUGUGUAUAUAUUCAUUCUGUGCUGAUUCUUCUGCAUAGUGGUGACUUGAAGUAUUAAAUCUCACAACAGCACAUGACUGGAAACCACUGUGCUGGUUUAAAUUCUAAAAAAGAAACCAAAACCCUCUAAACACUGUUUAAAUUCUUAGAAUAUGUGUUAAGCUGCACUCCAUCAUUAUAAACUUCAUGUGUAAGAAGGCAGGCUGUUGCAAUAUAUUCUGCAAAGUGCUAUGUUCUGUCGAGGAUCAGUUUGACGAUGUUUUUCCUGACUAAGAUUUAUUUGAUGUUUGUUCCUUGAUAUUAGUAGGAAAAUGCAAAAUGCAGUAGAAUUAGUGUUAGCUUGGGGAAAUCCCUGAUGUUGGAGUUAUUGAGCUAUUUCUGGUUCUUUUUUACAGAUGCUAAACAUGUAUUGUGUGCCACUUGCAGCAUAAACUACUGAAGAUUUGUGGCUGUGAAUUUGUGCAAACUCUUUUAACAGAGAAUCCAUAUGGGAAUUUUCUCCAUUUUUAGUAACAGUUGUUUUGGUCUGUUUUCUCCUCCUCAUGUUAAAACAAUCCAAAGUGUAAGAAAGAUACUAGAUUACUGAACCUGGACACAAAGGAUAAAUUAUGGUCUGUGUAUGUAGUACUGGUAGGUUAUUUACAAUACUGUAAUAUCAGAUCAAAAUCUGUUUCUACAAUGCCUUUGAUAUCAGACACUGUAGCACCAGCCGUUUCUGGCAGUAGGGAGUACGUAAGAGGAUUUCUACUUCCAGCAUAAACGAGUUAGUUAAUUUCUAAGAUAUUUCUUACACUUUUGGUAUUAAUUAGAUCAUGAAAAAGCAGAUAUGAUAGACCAGCGGUAUGUGUAACUUGGAAAGACAGACUGAAAAUUUGGGCCUUAACUUCUCAGAUCAGCUAUCCUAGAUUGGAUUGUGCUGAUAUUCUUACAUUGCCAGACAUGAGUUGAGUUUGUUCUUGUACCCAUCUCCUUAAAAACAUUAUGAGUUUGUGAGGAGUGCAAGUUGAUUCUGUAGUACCAGUCCUUCUAAGCAUGGUAGUAGCCUUUUUUAAAACAUACAGUUCAUCUUCUUUUAUGCGUAUGCCAGGUAAAAGCUGUAUUUUGACUAUGUGCCGUAAGUUUUGUUUAGGUCUGCUUGGUGCCAGUGUAACUGCUAAGAACACCGAUUCUAACGCCUUUAAUGAGAGCCAGUUGGUAUCUUCAUUCCAUUUCAAGUUAAUGUGUUUCCUGUGGCCCUUUACUUUUUCAAGCUUCAUUGGUCAAUUUAAUUUUUACUGAGAGCAGCUCACUUAUGUUAAAGAUAUCAGUUGGUUCUUGCCAGUAUUUCUUCUAAUGCAGUAUCAAGAAACAGUAUUAAGGGUCCAUUUCAAAGGCGGGCAUGGUUUCUUCAGUGAAGAAGCCAAAAGCCCAGAGUUCAGGCAUGCAGCCGUUUGAUGGUCUGAAUUCAAGUUUCUUUUUUUCUUCUUUAAACACGUUUACUGUUGGACCCUAAUUAGAAAACACACUGUUGUUAGCUUCAGAUGACUGAAUUUCUGCAGUGUAAAGAUCCUGGGUGACAUUUUUCAUAGUGCCCAUGUCAGGUCACUGAGUACCAUUUUCAAAGAGACUUAACUCACUGCAUACCUUCUGAGGAUCUAAUUUUAAACAGCCUGUUUCUUAGGUAUUAAACUGACCCUUUUCUGUUAAUUCUGUCGAGUAUAAGGGGGUUAUUAUGUGGUUGAACUGAUAUUUUGUCAAAUAAGUUUUCAAAGGUUAUUCCUUUUAAAUCUGUUCAAAUGAAGAUUUCUGUAUUUCAGGUAGUAUAUUUACUUGUGUAUUAGUUGGAGUAUGGUUAUAGCUUAAUACACUGCCUCUAUAGAAAAAAUAAUUAACUUCCUUCCAAGACCAUCUUCAGACAAGAGAAAAACAUGGUCCUUGAAGGUAGGUACUGUAUUUUUCAUGAAAUAUGGGUUAUUUCCUUUUAUUUUCCAGUAUUUAUUGCAAGUUAUGAAGAGCAGUGUAACUAACAGCUGUGACUUCUGUAUGUUUCCACCAGUAUUGAGUUCCAGGUGAUUCUAAUGUAUGCUUUUGAGUCAUGUUACAGACAAUCUGAAUUCCACUACAUUUCUACUUGGCUUCAACAUUCCAUUCUGCUUGAAUCCAGAGUCUCAUUUAACUUGUAUUUGUUGGAGGGCAUAAAUGUUACUUGUAUAUUACAAUGCUGUCACUGUGUGACAUCCCAUAUGAAUUUUGAUGUAGAUCACAUUGCACUCAAUCCGCUGUGAUUAUGCUUCGAAAAUACUGUAGUUCCUAGAUGCAGUGUGAUUUCUUUUAAUUUUUUUAACUCUUGUUUUUCUUUCCCUUCCCCAUUAACAAUUAAGUCUAUGGUUUAAAAUGUGAUUCUGGUCCUAUAAGAUAUAACUUGCUGAGCUGUCAGUCUUUUUGUUAAAACUAAAUAGGUUUUUUAAAUUUUAUAAAGCUGGAAAUGAUCAAAUGCUGUUUUGUUCAUUGUCAACAGUGUUGUGCUCAUUUUAUGUAUGUUCCUUAUAAAUAAGGAGCUUCCAGAAAAUAAAAUUAUUCAAGGAGCAGA